AUGACAACCAAGCAAAUACUAAAACUCAGCGUUGAACACAUUAUCCUCAUCAGGUUUGUCAACAGGCAACUUACACUACUCGACUCACAAUUGCCAAAUUCAUACCUAAUUAGGAAUCAGUUCCAGUUAGUAGAUUCAGACGGUGAUGGAUUCAUAAACAAAAGUGAGUUCCGAAAGCUAUUUAGGUCAUUCGGACAAACUAUUUCUGAAAAACGCCUCAAAUGGAUUAUACUAGAGGCUUUCAAGAACCUCGAUAAUGGGCUCGGUAUGGACUUCGACACAUUCGCAAGUACACUAAUCAACUAUUACUCCCCUCCACCAACGGAGAAAGUAGUUAGAGAAGCAUUUCAACUAUUCGACAAAAAUAAUACAGGUACAAAUGAUAGUCAACCAAAAUACACCCAAUCAGGAUACAUCGACAAGUCUAAGUUGACAGAAUUUCUGACAACACGUGGAGAACGAUUGACAGUGCCAGAGGUGGAAUAUUUCAACAAAAUAGUGGGAAUAAAACCUGAUAAUGAUAAAAUCGACUAUACCACUGUGGCAGAAGAGAUCUGCAAACUCCUAUCCCAGGUUCAAGUAUAA